GACACUGCCGGGACACUGCCGCAGUGCCGACGGCGACCCCUCGCCAGCUCAUCCGGAUGCCGAUGUCAACAAUCACGACAGCUUGAAUCCACUUUCAUCUCCUGUUAAGGCUGAGCCCCCUUUUCUUCUUCCUCUUGUGUUUGGUUCACUCUUCAGUUGCAUAAGAUUAAACUUUCCAACUAGAAUACUGGCCGCAAUAUCCGCCAGACGCCAACGUCAACCAUCUAGAUUCUAGACCGUCGCCAGCUUCAAACCCCGCCAUAACCGGAUCUCAACCUCAACCACGUUACCACAGCUUCAAGCGCAAGCUUACUUACCAUAACGCCAACCGCCCGCUCGACUAAAAUACCGGUCUAAACAGCCACGACUUCCAUCUCAACCCACCAACCCCCCCUCAAACCCAGCUCCCUACAAACCCCAAAAACAAAAAUGACAUCCAAACGCGGCUUAACCUUCCCCGUCUCCUCCCCCGACCCGCCCUUCCUCUUCUCCAAACCCGGCUCCCUCAUCUCCUGGCUCUACAACUGGUCCCCGCGCCUCACGCCCGGCACCGGCCCGGGUUGUUCUCUCCAAUUCGUGCCUAUGCAAUGGAACCACGUCUACAUUGACGAACUCCCCUCGCACCUCAACGCCUGCUACCCGGAUCCGCAAUGUAAUGGCCCCCCAACAAUCCUGGGUUUCAACGAGCCGGAACUGGCUGAUCAGAGUAACAUGCCUGUUGAACUAGCGGCGCAGGAAUGGCUGAGGGUGAUUGAGCCGUUGCGCCGCCAGGGGGUAAGGGCUGGAAGCCCCGGGAUCAGUUCAGCGCCGCAGGGCGUGACGUGGUUGAAGGAGUUCAUGGCUGCUAUUCGCGCGCGCGGGUCGGAUGUGGACUUUUACUGUCUGCAUUGGUACGGACAUGCGAACUUGGGGUCGUUUUAUGAUUAUAUCUGGAGCACGCAUCACCAGCUGGGGCCGGACAAGCCGGUGUGGAUUACCGAGUUUGCGUGCACGAAUUGGGAUCAGGCGAAUCCGAUACCCAAGGAGGAGGUGGAAAGCUUUUGUAGGGAGAGUUGCAAGUAUUUGGAUACGUUGGAUUGGGUGGAGAGGUAUGCGUGGUUUGGGGCCAUGAGGCCGGAGACGAUUGGGAAUGUCGGGAGGUGGGCGAGUUUUUUGGGGGAUGAGGGAAGGGUGACGGAGUUGGGGGCGUGGUAUAGGGAUUGUGCUGAGUAG